AGUGUUUACCUCAACAUGGCGGAUAUAUACUACUUCACAGACGACGAGACGGACCACAGUAAAGAUGAAAGCAGCGGGGGCGGCGGCGAGGGUCCAGCGGGGGCGGUGGAGGACAUGGGCGGCCCUACGUGUCCUGGAGGAGGCGGCAGCGACGAGGAGGACGAGGAGGAGGAAGAGGAGGAAGGCGGAGGCGGAGGAGGGGGCACGGCGGGGGAGGAUGGGCCGUGCAGUGGCUUCGAUGAUGACCUGGUCUCCGCCACGCCCCUCGCCAGGCUGAUCAAGUGCGCCCACUCCGACAACUACUUCGACAGACAGAUGGUGGCGCGCAGCAUCCAGGAAACACUGCGGGCGGUGGUGGGCGUGAGUGAGGAUGUGCACGCCGUCCUGGAGAUCAUGGCCUCGCUCUCCUCCAACGAAGAGGCCGCGGUGCGCACGGAGCUGAUGGAGCAGGUGCCGCAGAUCGCAGUGCUGUGCCACGAGUACCCAACCAGCCUGGGGGGCGUGGUGGCGGGGAACCUGGUGCCCAUGGUGGUGCGCUACCUCACCGACCCCAACAACCAGGUGCGCAAGACUUCCCAGGCGGCGCUGCUGGUGUUGCUGGAGCAGGAGCUGGUGGGGCGGGAGGAGGUGCAUAACCAGGUGUGUCCCGUCAUCCUCAGCCUCACCUCCACGGACGCGCUGGACGAAUUUAAGACGGAAGCUGUGGCGCUCAUGUCUAAGAUGGCCCCGCUCAUAGGAAGGGACAUGACUGAGCGCCUGUUCCUCCAGCGCUUCACCGCCCUCUGCUCAGACGCGCUCUUCCAAGUCAGGAAAGUGUGCGCCUCAAACUUCGGUGACUUCUGCAGCGUCGUCGGCAGCAGACCCACCGAGGAGAUACUGGUGUCGCGGUUCGUGAGUCUGUGUGAGGACGGCGUGUGGGGGGUGCGUAAGGCCUGCGCCGAGGUGUUCAUGUCUGUGUCCUGCGCCUGCUCGCUCGCCACCAGGAAGGACCGCCUCUCCCCCGUGUUUGUGUCCCUCCUCACCGACCAGAGCAGGUGGGUGCGAGUGGCUGCUUUCCAGAACCUGGGCCCCUUCAUCAGUACCUUCGCUGACCCGAGCGUUACCGGCCUGCACUACAACGAGGAGGGCGUGCUGGUCAUCGGCACACCACAGGACCCAGCCGCGCCCCACCACGAACUGAAUGCAGACACAGUUGUGGUGUCCAGUCGGGUGGAAGGAGGCGGCGAGGCGGAGGACGGGGAGAAGGAGAAGGAUGGUGAAAGAAACGCGCCACACUCAGAGUCACAGGAACAAGUUUACCGCAGCUCUCAAUAUCAAAACCUGGAGAACACAGAAUGGAGGGAAGUGGAGCCUAUGGAGGUGGAAGAAGAAGAAGAAGAAGAGGAGGAGGAAGAGAGAGUGCAGGAUGUAGAGCAUCACAGAGAACAUGAAAUAAGUGAGGUGGAUGGUGAUCGGAGUAGAGAAGAUCCCUCCAUACACCUUCACAGUGCGGAGGAACGGCGGGCACUGGCUUACCUCCUGUCCAACGCCUCCAAUGCCAACACGCUGAGCACCACAGACAAUCUCCGCGGCACCCCACACUCCCUCCCAGAACACUCCUCACAAUACUCAGCCUUCACCCCAACACUCCCUCUCAGAAGGAACAGCAGCAACUCGAGGACGUUCAGAACCAGAACGUUGAGACCAGUCCACACCCUGAUCCACCACAGCCACAGACUCAGCUCAGUCCAUACAGAGGCCAUCAAAGUAGCCUCCCAGGGCACCACCACCACCACCCAGGAGCCAGACAACACUCCAGUGCCACUCAUUCCCCCCAACACCCUGCCAGCCUCCUUUGACGGGAACCAGACACAAGCCAACAAUCUCCUCACAGUGUCCGGCUCGGAGGGUCACCUGCAUGUGCACCUGGACAGUAAUCCAGCCUUUAACACAUUCAACUACUGGCGCAUCCCCAUCCCCCUGGUGGAGCUGCCCAUCCCCAAGAUAGAGGUGGACAUCAACGUGACCGGCCAGACCACCAACGUGUGCGUCAAGGCAAAGGUGCAGGAAAACAAUGACACCUACCAGAAUCAAGUGAACCUUACCAUGGCCACGGAUGCUGUCACCAACAUCACCAUGGCUUCCUCAUCACAGGACAUGCCUCCCUUGCAGCCCCAACACAACACCAUUGAGGCUGACUUGGAGGCUCUGGCAGCUUCCCUUCAGGGUGUGAUGACGGAAGAUGACGAGGAGGGAGAGAAAGACAGUGAGCAGAGACAACACACAGAUGAAGAGCAACACUCUGAGGCAGUGCAGGUGAGCGCCACACAGCCAGCCACGUACGCCCAGGUGUGUGCCGCCUCGGUGAGCUCGGUGCAGCACAAGGGUGAGGCGCAGCCCUCCAUCCUGGCCUCUCGGCUAACCCAGGCUCGGGUGAACAUGUCCGGCGGCUCCGUUACCGAGAUCAAGAAAAGAGAGGUGGAUGUGGUUUCUCCCAGCGACUGUGUGGUGCCUCGCCCCAGCCUGCCCAGCCAGCCAGGCCUCCUCUCCCAGAGAAUAGUGGACCCCUUCACCAUGAUGCUGCCACAUGGGGAGAAGACCCAGGGCCAGGACCACCAGCCACACACCAUGGAGUUUGUCAACCUGAGUCAGGACAUCGUGCCCAAGACACUGCUGGAGCACUACAUCAGCAUGACAGACCCGGUGCGAGCGGAGACAGUGGACACAGAACUCACCCGCCACUGUGCCUACUCCCUGCCAGCCGUGGCACUCACCCUUGGCCGCCAAAACUGGCCUGUGCUCAAGGAUACCUAUGAAACGCUGGCUGGAGACAUGCAUUGGAAGGUGCGAAGGACGCUGGCAUUCAGCAUCCAUGAACUGGCCGUCAUCCUUGGGGAAGAGAUCGCCCAGAGUGAUCUGGUGCCAGUGUUCAACGGGUUCAUUAAGGAUUUGGAUGAGGUUCGCAUUGGGGUGUUGAAGCACUUGGCACACUUCCUGCGCCUGCUGAGGCCCCAGAACAGACGGGACUAUCUGCCGCGCAUGGACGAGUUUCUCCGCACAGACAACGAGAACAACUGGAGGUUCCGGCUGGAGCUGGCCACUCAGUUGUCAGACAUCAUUGACCUUUUCUCCCCCCAAGACUGCCAGACCUUCAUAGCACCCAUUGCCUUGUCCCUCAUGGCAGACAAGGUGGUACACAUUCGCCGCACCUGCUACUCAGUGGUUUGUCAGUUGGUAAAGCAGUUGAACUGUGAUGGGGAUCCCAAGUAUGUGGAGGCUUUGAGUAAGCAAUUAAAAGAGAAGUUUGCACAAGCACCAACGUGGUCCCAGCGACAGUCUUAUGCGUUCCUGUGUGGACAAAUGGUGGCUGAGAACUCCCUCCACAUCUCAGACUGGGUCCAUUACUUCCUGCCCAGCCUCCUUGGCCUCGCCACUGACAGGGUCCCAAAUGUCCGCAUUGCCGUUGCCAAGAUGCUCACCACACACGUUGCAUGUCUAGAUUUCUGUCAGAACCCUGAGAACGAAGUAACACUGCAGGUGCAGGAGGUGCUGGAGAUGCUGCGGCAGGACAAGGACCGGGAUGUGGGUCACUUUGCCUGCUGCCCCAUGAACACCGAUUGCCUGAUGGAUCCCCAUGACCCUACUUUAUAAUGGAGGCUCCCCUAGUUAAGUAAGCCCUGCAUUGCCUUCAUGGUAGUCCUGUCUUAGGCCUGUCAGAAGAAGAGAGUGUAGUCAUGGAGUUUGCAAGUCAAGGUUGACAGUCAUUCUGAGCUGUGGAGGGAGAAGCUCGAGUGAAUGCUGGUGUUGAGUCAAGAGUGGUAGGUUAUUUCACAUUGAAAACUUGUAAAUCACUACUCCUUAAUUGCAUACCUUGAAUUGUUUAUAAGUAGCAGAUUACAAUAAUCGGUGCAUGAGCCUUGGCCGUUGCGCCGCGGUGGGAUGUGAGGGAGGCGGUGGUGCGUGCUGGUUGUAACCGCCACCAACACACAGGUUGGCUGGUGUGCUGCACCAGCCAACGCCUCCACCUGUGGAACACAUCCUUUUUACUUUGUUUAACUGUGAUUGAGAUUGCCUCCAGAUCAGUGCAGUGUGUAAGUUUGGACACUUCAUAGCAUCCACUUAUUUAAUAUUGAGUUUUUAACCAAAGUUGAUAUGAGUUAGAAAGAGUUGGAAAUUAGUAAGACAACUGCUAAACAAAAUGAGGAGCUAGAAUCCGAGGUAUCUGAUAAUGAUUGUGUAGGAAGUGUGUACAUUGGGGUGUUUUGUAAUAUACAUAUUAUGUGAGCUAGGGAAGUACAAAUAUAUGAGUGAAAUCAGAUGCUGGGUUGGUAAAUGCUCACAUUGACGUGGUGAUUGGUGACGGUCACCCUGCGUGGUGAACUCCGCACCGCACCGCCGCCCCGCACUGGUUACCAUUUUUCUUUGAUUGUUGACAAAGCCCCUGUGAUAUGCUUGGAACUUGUUCCUUCAAGUUCCAUUGCAGGAAAUUUAUUUGAUUUACCAUUUAAGUAAUUAGUCAUUAAAUUUUUCAUGUAUGUAAUCAUCUUAUCAAUAAUUUGUGCUCAAGAGCUGUCUGCUACUAGUGAAAAAACUGUCCAUUGAUUUCAAUCAAAUUUAUUUAUCUUAUGCCUGUUGAAGGUUGAAUGGAGCUACUUAAAAAAUGAGAGAAGGUCAGUGAGAGCAGCUAAAAGUCUGGCUCAGUGCUCAAGUGUAGGUGACUGAGACCUCACCAGUUGUUGCUCUGCCAGUGAUGCUUUCCAUCUACCUAAUCAAAAUGUGAGACAGAAGGUGCUGGGCUGCCCCUGAGGGAUGCCACAGACCAGAGGCAUGGCCCAGCCCGGCCUGGCACCCCUCACUGCCUGUGCCCGUGGCCACCACUGAGGCAUUCCUCCCAACCUCAAGGCCCCACACUCAGCCACAGGGAUCAUAACCGCCACACCCACACUCAGUCUUGGUGGUGAUGUGGUUCAUCGUGGUGACUUCCAUCUCACUCUAAAAUCACACUGAGGAAAUUAAAUGUGCAGUCUAUUUCUAGCAACCCUUCCUGUCAUGAGGUGCUGUGGGCAACAUUCUUGUGAGUCCAAGCCACCACUCUCCAGGGGAGACAGUGUAAAGUGAGAAUCAAAAGUUGGCUCUCGGUCACCAGAUCACCCCGUGCUGUGGGUGUGGCACUGUAAUUAGCACUCACCUCAGCUGGUCUCCAUUAUUCAUCAUUAUUUAAGACAAAGCCAUAUAUUUUUGUGUAUUAUCCUUGAUACAAAUAUACCGUGCCAUUUCCACUGUGUGAUGCCACUGACACUGAUGAUGGUUUUAAAUUGGUAGGUAUGAAUAAAAAAAUCACAAUCUUUUUAACUGUAACUGUAAAUUGUCAUUGUACAGGUAUAAUAUAUAAUAAAGAACACUAUAAGAAAACAA